AUGUCAAAAACAAAAAUAAUGAAAAAACACACAUACUGGCCUGAUGAAGCAAUAGUCAGUGCAGCCAUCGACUAUGAGGAUACACUUUUACAUAACAACAAAAUAUUGAGAGGAAGUGAACAGCCAGAAGAUUUAAAAAGUUAUAAUAGUGAAGAUGAAGUUAUGACAUUUAAUGACAAAGAUAGAAAAAUCCAACUCAUAACCUCUAGCAAUGAAGAUAUUCACGAAAAUUUUGUUUUUCCCAAUGAUAAAGCAUGGGGUCAAAAGAAAAAAAUUUACUUUUCGACUGAUUAUGUUGAUGCUGACUACGCUUCUGCUAGUCGAGUAGAUACUAUUAAUGCCGAGUUAGAAGAAAAAGAAGCUAGAAAUAUUCAAAAACGUUUAGCUCAACAACUUGAUGAAACUGAUUUUGGUCUAGACACGCUUAGAGGAUAUGACUGUGCGUUAAAUAAAAGUAAUGAACAAAUAAAGACCAACAUAGAUCAAUUUAAUCAUAGACAAAAACACGAAUUCUUAAAAAACGAGUGUCCAGAGCUUGCGCCUUUGAUUGCGGACAGCAAAGAAAGAUUGGCCGAAGCAAAAACAGCAUUAGAACCAUUUUUGAGCUUUUUCAACGACCCUAAUUAUAAUAAUACCUUGGUUUCAAAAUUCAUCAAAGUUAAAUAUGAUAUAAUAUUGCAUUAUUGCACAAAUAUCUCAUUCUAUCUUGUUUUGAAAUCCAAACAAGAUUUUGCAGUUACACAUCCUAUCAUAAAGAGAUUGGCACAAUAUCGAGAUUUACUGUCUAAAAUAGAAAAUAAUCAAGAUCUCUUGCAAUAUAUCACAAGAGUUUUACAAGCAAAUCGUAAUAAUUGCUCUUUUAACCAAUUCAAACAGACCAUCGAGAGAUAUGCAAAUAAUAAAAAUACAUCUAAAAACCUAAGUGAGAAUAUAGAAAAUAAUUAUACAAUUGUUGAGAACGCGAUUGAAAAUAGAUUGUUUGUAAAAUAUAAGCCAAGCAAUUCUACAUAUGAGGAUCCUGAUUUUAGUACCAUUGUAUUCAACGAAGCAAUGGAGAUCAGCGGAUUUGAUGGAGAAAAACGAGGCAUUACACAGAAAAUGGAAAAAAAUAGAGGAUUAACACCAUAUAGAAAAAAGGAAUUACGAAAUCCCAGAGUCAGACACAGAAACAAAUAUCGUAAAGCUAAAAUUUCUAGAAAAGGAGCUGUCAGAGAAAUAAGAGAAAAAACUAAAAGGUACACAGGAGAAAAGUCUGGUAUUAAAGCUAGUAUUUCAAAAAGUAUCAAACUUAAGUAAUGAUUUGUUCUAAUACAUUAAUUCUCACACAUUUUUAUAAAGCUUUUACUACUGACAAAUAAAAAUAUUUUUUUU